AUGGCGCCCACGUCCUCCUUCCUCUUCGGCGCCGCCCCGGAAGACGCAGCGGCCGCGGACAUGCCGGUCCUCUCCGACGCGGUGGCGCGGCCGAGGCUGCGCCGCCAGGCGCCGUCCGGGCAGGGGAGGCAGCAGCAGGCGGCCGGCGGCGGCGGCGGUGUAGCGCCCAGGAAGGCGCCCCAGCGCGGCCUCGGCGUGGCGGAACUCGAGCGCCUGCGCUGCGGCGGCGUCGACCCGCUCCACGACAUCAACGCCGCGGCCGCGGCGGCCGCCAUGCUGGAGGCCGCCGCCGUCAACAUGCAGGCGCAAAGCAACUCCCUCCUCCUGCAACAGCAGCAGCAGCAACUCAACCUCCACCACCACCACCACCACCACGACUACCUGCCGGCCACCGGUUCGCGCUACUACUCUCCCCUUCUUGUCCAGCCGCCCCCCGCUGCUCCUGCGCCGCCGGCUCCCGUCCGCUACGUCCAGGGCGUGGCGCCCGAGCAGCAAUACUUCAUGGACCACCGCUGGGGCGGCAUGGGUGGAAUCGUCCCGGCGGGCAAUGGCCACUCGCCCCAGCUACGGGCGCCGGCGCCAGAGUACUCUGCAGCUCAUGGCACCAUCUGGCGUCCGGCGUGCUCCUCCGCUUCCUGCCUCCACGGGGGCCAACGCUGCGACCUCUGCUCCAAGGGAACACGGGCCCCUGCCGCCGCCGUCGUCACCACCACCAACGCGCCGGACUACCCCAUGUACGAUCUCACCGCCGCAAUGGCCGCCGCUCGCAAGGAAACGGCCGGAGAAGGGCUCUUGGCUUCGGAGGGAAGGAAGGAGGUUCGGGAGAUUGAGUUCUUCCCGACGAGGACCUCCAGCGACGGCGGCGGUCCCGAAGAGUCCGAGCUGCGCAGUACGCCCGCCGGCGGCGUGGAUGGCGGCUCGGCGCCCCUCGACCUGUCCCUGAGGCUCUAGCUAGCUAGCUAGCUAGGGUUUGGAGUUCCGAAUCGAUCAGUACCCGCUCGACGCUCGUAGAUCCAUGAACGAGCUGCUGGAUUUGUUUUUUGAUUAAUUAAUGCUAGUCAUUUUCGGGAGAUAGUAAUUUGCCAACCAUGUACUCCUGUAUUGCAUGUAUCGGCCGGAUGAGAACGAGUUUAAUUCCCUGGCUAGUGCCGUUUUAAGUAAUUAAAUUUUGGUGAUCUGUGAAAUGAUAGAUGAGGAUAUUCGUAUCGCAUCACGCGCCAGCCAA